GGAAUAUGGCAUCCAAGACAAAGCAGACAAAACAAAACUCCACAGGUGCUGGGAAAGAUAAGCAAGAAAGUGCCAUGAACGAAGAGACAUCAGGAGGAAUAAGUGACAUGGAAACACUAGUCAAAGAGAGGAAAUUGUACUUGCAGAAGGAAUGCAAGAUUCUCACUGAACAUAUGAACACCUAUAUGGAAAGACUGGAGCAUUUCCAGCAGCAAAACAAGUUCCUAGAAAAGGAAGCCAAGCAAAAUCAAGAGGAAUGCAACACUUACCUGUCUUACAUAGAGAAACACGGCCAGAAGUGCCAGAAUCUAGUGAUAACACUCAAUGACCAGAAUCGCAUCGAUCUGUCUCAAGUCCAGAUGCAGAAAGAGAAGCUCGUCUCACAGUAUGCAGAGAAAGAGAAGGAGCUAAGGAGCACUCUGAUGAACAUGGAGGCAAAGCUCUCUCUUCUGAACAAGGAGGUUGAAGACCUGCAGCAUUUUGGAGAUUCAUCUGUUCAGCUGGAACAGAGUAAAAAGAUUAAAGAGCUGGAGGUGGAAUUGUUGGCCACAAAGACACAGCAAUUAGAUGAAAUGCACAAAAUGAGGAGCAGGUUUCUGCGGGCCAAGGCUGACUGUGAGAGGGAAUUUCAUCACAAGAUGCAGGUUAUCACCGAGAAAGCACGAGCAGCAGCGACACAGUCUCUAAUUCAGCACAUCACACAAGUAAAAGCAGAGAAUCAGCGUCUGCACCAGGAAUUGCUCAGACUCGUCCAGUGUUCAAAAGCCCUGAAAGAAGACAAAGCUCGACUGCAAGAGCAACAGGAGCAGCUUCUGUGGCAGAAGCAAUACAUGCAGGACAUGGCACACAUGCGCCGCCGCACACACCAGCGUGAGGGACACAAUGCCAACGGUGAAACUGGCUCUCACAGCCAGUUCGGGUCUGUCCAGUAA